UGAUGGACCUUUACAUCGAAUUUGGAACUGGACUCUUCCAGGGUCAGGAGGAGAUUGGUCAAAGACAUUUCCAAGACAAUACUCCUGUAAAAAACCUUUUGCAAAACGUCAGUUUGCUGUUCGUCAAUCGAGAUCCAAUAUUCCACAAAAUCAGGCCACUACUUCCGUCCGUCAUUCCAAUCGGGGGAAGUCUAGUCCGAAUUCCGGUUAAACCGUUGGAAAAGAGUAUUAGGAGGUAUUUGGACGGUUCUCACCAGGGCUUCAUUUACUUCAGUUUAGGCUCAAAUGUAAAAAGCAAAGAUAUUCCAUCUAGCACCCUGAAUACGAUACUGGAAACGUUCCGUGAGCUCCCCUACAGGAUACUUUGGAAGGUUGGGAUGCCCUUUUUUGUCGAUCAACCGUUUAAUGUUCAACAAAUGGUGUCCUUGGGGUUCGCUCUGUCAGUCGAUUACAAGACGAUGUCCAAAGAGACCUUCAAACAGGCCAUCUUGGAAGUUAUUAAUAAUGACAAAUAUCGUAACCGAAUUAGGGAGUUGGCGAAUCUGGUGGAAGAUCAGCCGAUGACCGGUCUAGAGCGGGCUGUGUGGUGGACUGAGUACGUUAUUCGUCACAAAGGCGCUGCUCAUUUGAAAAGUCCAGCACUCGACAUGCCUUGGUAUCAGUACUACUUUUUGGAUGUCAUCUCCGUGUUACUUUUCACUUUGAUUGGGGCACUCUAUUUCAUGGUGAAAGUGAUAAAAGCAACCCUACGCGCGCUAUGGCGAAACGUUGUGAGGUCCAAAGGAAAGAAGAAUUAGUUUUAGGUUAGAACUUAAUUUAUUGUAUUUCCUGUAAGUAGUAAAACAGGAAGAAUAGUC